CAGUUAUUUAAAGGCAAUAAAUAAACAAAGUAUAUUGGGGUCGAAGACACGAAACUGAUAUUUUGUGUCUGUCAAAUUCACAUUUUCAUACACGUCGUAUUUUAUCUAUACAAUCAAUGAACGUGGAAAAAGCUGUUCAUUAAGGGAGAUUGGGAUGGAUCUAAUGGUCAUCGGCUUGGGAAGCGGAAUAGUGAUUUUUACUGUUUUAGCUAUGAUCCUGUUGUGCUUUCUCUGCUAUCGACAAAAGAACAGGGAUCUUACAAACGCCGAAAUUCCUGUUUCUCGAACAGCCUACGCAGAUCCUACUGACGCCAUAACGGUGAAGCGAUCUUCAACGUACUCCACGCCCUAUGAUCAGUGGAAAUCACAGAAUGGGGUGAUGUUCGUCCGCAAUAUCUCCCAGAAAAAGAAUCCUGGGUAUUAUAAUGUCGAUGUUCAGGACGGACUGUGUGAACGGGUGAAGCCGCCAAAAAAAAGCAAGGGCUCACAUCGAGAGUACCUUAACGUGGAGCUGAAGGACUCCAAAAAGAGUAACAAGAACGCUCAGAAAGAGUUCUGGGACGCUCAUGUUCAAAACAAUUCUACAGCACCGGAAAAAUCACAAAGUGCACCAGAAACUCAACGGAAUGAUGAGGUUCCGGUCCGAAUCGAAAGUAAGCGAAACGAUCUACCGACACCAUAUUCCUGUAUAGAACUCCAGUAAACACGUCACACAUAUACACACCCUCUUGUUUCCAAGUAAAUAUUAGGAAUUUACAGAACGCUGAACAAGUGUCAAUGAAAUAAAGAAUUGUUUAUUUUCAAAAAAAAAAAUCACUAAACACAGAAUCUAUUCUCGAUGUACAUGAAUGAUGGGAGAUUCAAGAAAGAAAAUGGUUUCCUUUCC